ACUGUAAUGUGAUUGGAUACGAUGUUUACCCGAAGCAGGUAGUAAACACCUCCAAUGCCAUCUGUCAAAACGUUGGUCAGACAGACACAGGGUCGAGGUUACUACAGAGAGGGGAUCGUAAAAUCACUUAGCUCGGACAGUUCAUGGAGGUUGUGUAGCUACUCUAUUCAUACCUCAGUGAUUCUAACGGACGCAACAAGGAAAUAUUAGCUAGCAAGUUGAUAGCACAUUAGCCUAGCUACGAGACGAAGACUGUUGCCAACUAGCGCAGCUGUGUUUCAUCAAACUGUGUAAGUGGCAAACGAAUCGGCAUCAAAAAGUAUUAAUUAACCGAUAUUUGACACUCUUAAUCGGAAAUUUGUACUGAAGAGUGGUGAUGGACUUUCUCGCUGGCUGCAUUGGCGGUGCUGCCGGAGUCUUAGUAGGGCACCCUUUUGACACGGUUAAGGUGAGACUCCAGGUCCAGAAUGUGGACAAGCCUCUCUACCGCGGGACCUACCACUGUUUCCAGUCCAUCAUUCGGCAGGAGUCGAUGUUUGGGCUGUACAAAGGCAUCGGCUCCCCCAUGAUGGGCCUAACCUUCAUCAAUGCCAUAGUGUUUGGAGUGCAGGGAAACGCUAUGCGUUACCUGGGCCACGACACCCCUAUGAACCAGUUCCUGGCCGGGGCCGCAGCCGGAACCAUCCAGUGUGUCAUCUGCUGCCCCAUGGAGCUGGCCAAGACACGCAUGCAGAUGCAAGGCACUGGGGAGAAGAAGUCCAAGAGGAAGCUCUACAAGAACUCCCUGGACUGUCUGGCCCGUAUCUACAAGCGGGAGGGGCUGUCGGGGGUGAACCGUGGCAUGGUUACCACGCUGAUCCGAGAAACCCCCGGUUUUGGGGUCUACUUCCUGGCCUAUGAUGUCCUGACUCGCUCCAUUGGCUGUGAACCUGACGACCCCUACAUGAUCCCCAAACUGCUAUUCGCCGGUGGGAUGUCCGGGAUUGCCUCUUGGCUCUCCACCUAUCCAGUGGACGUGAUUAAGUCCCGCCUCCAGGCGGAUGGGGUGGGUGGGGUCUACCAGUACACCAGCAUCGCUGACUGCGUGCGGCAGAGCGUGAGGAGGGAGGGGCUCAGAGUGUUCACGCGAGGUCUUACCUCCACCCUGCUCAGGGCAUUUCCCGUCAAUGCUGCCACCUUCGCCACCGUCACGCUGGUGCUGCUGUACGCACGGGGAGUGGAAGAGGGGCCCAAAGACUGUGAGCUGGGGCCCCCCAACACAGCUCACCACACACAGCUACCGCAGCAGACCCAGGCUUCCAGCUUGUGAUCUGAGUCUGGAGGUGUUACUCCCACCAAAGCUGCUCUACUGUGGGGUGGGGGAGGGAGAGAAACCCAUUGGGACCCAAUGCCCUUUGAAUCGCUGAGUAUGGAAACCCAUAGACUCCUGAUAUUGUACACUACCGUUCAAAAGUUUGGGGUCACUUAAAAAUGUCCUUGUUUUUGAAAGAAAAGCAACAACAACAAAUCCAUUAAAAUCACAU